GCCGACCCGACCACAAACAGCCUGCGCGUGUCUGAAGCCAAUAACGCGGGGCUCGGAGCUGGAACUUCAAAUCGCCGUCCCACAUCUGCCAGCUCCGAAAAUUAAUUCGCUGCCCAGAACACCAAAAGUCGCAGGUGCUCCUCCUGACUGCGACGACCCUUGGCCCCGAAGCGCAGAAGCCCUUGAAGCAGCCGCCGACAGCUCAAAAUAUACAGUUGUCGCUUAUUGAGGCCAUUGCAAACGAGGCCCUAAAAAAUUGCAACGCCAGUCGGACUUUUCCAAGUUGUCAAGGUCAAGCCACACAAACUACAGGCCCCACGAAUCUUGGGAGCACCCCGCUUUCGCACAAAAAUUUCCAUCUUUGGAGCAAGCAUAGCUAUCGCCCGCGAACCGACGCCGACACGACUGCGAACGAACGCUUGAUCAACCCGGAAGUUAAACGCCUACUGAGCCCUGCCCAGCAUGGCUCCGUCAUACGAGCACCUCCGCGAGGCGGACCUGGACGAGGAUGAAUUUGACGAGGAUGAGGUCGACGUUUCUGACCUCCGCGAGAAGUUCGAGGUGCAGUUGGAGCAAGGCUUCGACACAUUUGUGGUUAUCGAUGGCCUGCCAGAGGUCACGGAGGAACAGAAGCCCAAGCUUGUCAAGUUCCUGUUGAAGAAGCUGACCUCGGUCGGCAAGACAAAAGAGGACAUGAUUGAUAUGCCCAUGGGUCCUGAUGGCAAGUCACUUCGGUUUGCUUUCGUCGAGUACUCUUCGCCCGGCGAGGCCGCUGCUGCGGUUAGGCAGCUGGACCGCGUUCCCCUCGACAAGAAACACACACUUCGCGUCAACAAACUUAUGGAUGUCGACCGUUUCGGACGCGAGGGCAGGAUAGAUGACGAGUACCAGCCACCCCACAUUGACGAAUUCCACCCAAGGGAUCACCUGCGCUCGUUCAUGGCCGACCCUUCGGGCCGUGGCCGCGACCAGUUCGUCAUGUUCCGCGGCGACCACGUCGGUGUUUUCUGGAACAACGAGAAGGAUACCCCAGAGAACAUUGUGGACAGGCCAAACUGGACCGAGAGCUUCGUUCAGUGGUCUCCUCUUGGCACAUACUUGUUGUCAAUGCACAUGCAAGGUGUGCAGCUCUGGGGAGGCCCAAAAUGGGACAGGUUAGGCCGGUUUCCUCACCCGUUCGUGAACAUGGCCGCCUUCUCUCCCCAAGAAAACUACCUUGUCACCUGGUCAAACCGCCCCAUAUCUAUCCCGGACGAAGGCCACCCUGCUCUUUCCAUGGACGACGAUGGCAAGAACUACGUGAUCUGGGAUAUCGCAACAGGCAAGCCGCUUAGGUCUUUCGCCAAUCUCGACCUGCCCCCUGACGACCCCAACAAGCCCCCACGGAAGCACCCCUGGCCUGCUUUCAAGUGGUCAUCCGAUGACAAGUACGUCGCGAGGUUGACCCAGGGCCAGUCCAUCUCGGUGUAUGAGCUGCCGCGCAUGAACCUGCUCGACAAGACUACGAUCAAGGUUGAGGGUGUCCAAGACUUCGAGUGGGCACCGUCACGCCCGCAGCGAGAUGGAGUCAAAACCUAUGAGCAGAUGUUCUGCUACUGGACACCGGAAAUUGGCAGCAACCCUGCCAAGGUCGGUCUGAUGUCCAUUCCCUCGAAGGAGGUAGUCCGCUCGCUUAACCUUUUCAGUGUGUCCGAUGUGAAGCUACAUUGGCAAUCUGAGGGUGCUUAUCUCUGUGUCAAGGUUGACAGGCACUCGAAGUCUAAGAAGUCUCAGGCAACAACGCUGGAGAUCUUCCGUGUCAAGGAGAAGGGAGUUCCGGUUGAAGUUGUCGACACCAUCAAGGAUACUGUUAUCAACUUUGCAUGGGAGCCCAAGGGUGACCGCUUCCUCAUUAUCACAACAGUCACGCCAACUGGUGAAGUGGCCGUUCAACCUAAAACCGCCAUAUCCUUCUUCUGCCCCGAGAAGUCAAAGGGAUCCACAGUCGGCAACUUCAAGCACCUACGAACUCUGGACAAAAGGAACAGCAACGCUAUUUACUGGUCGCCUAAGGGUCGAUUCGUCGUGGUCGCCACUGUUCACAACCAGAACAGCUCUGAUCUGGACUUCUUCGACCUGGACUUUGAGGGCGAGAAGCCCGAGGGCGAGAAGGACUUGACCGCAAACCUGCAGCUCAUGAACACGGCUGACCACUAUGGCAUAACAGACGUCGAGUGGGAUCCUUCUGGACGUUUCGUGGCCACCUGGGCUUCUGCAUGGAAGCAUACUAUGGAGAACGGCUACCACAUGUACGACUUCAAGGGCGAGCAGCUCCGUGAAGAGGCUGUUGAAAAGUUCAAGCAGCUUCAGUGGAGGCCGCGACCCCCUACACUGCUCGCCAAGGAGGAGCAGAAGCAGAUUCGUAAGAACCUCCGCGAGUACUCACGCGUCUUUGAGCAAGAGGAUGCCGAGCGCAUUGCUGGCGCAGACCAAGAGGUUGUCGACAACAGACGUCGUAUUCUCGAGGACUGGUACGAGUGGCGCGAGUCUGUCGAUGUGGAGGUUGAUGAGGAGAGCGCCGCAAUGGGUGUCUCCUCCAACCCGGCCGAGGAGUUACUCAAGGCCAAGACGGCUGAGAUCCUUGCAAGCGGCCAGGAGGAGGAGCAAGUCAUUGAGGAGAUUGUUGAGGAGGUGCUUGAGGAGAGCGAGGAGAUUGUGAGCUAAAUCAGCAGUCACGCGGCGUUUUCUUAAAUGGUCUGGUUCUCGGUAAAAGUCAAGGGCAGCGGUCGAUUCCUGGCGGGCGCAGUUACUUGAGAAUGGAUGUCAUGGCUUUAAUACGUAGAACGUAUGUUUCUUUUUAGUACAAAAUCCAAGGAUGACAUGAUGAUACCUUAUGGUAAGAAGUGAGAAUGCAGUACGUGGACAUCACGGCAGUAACGAUAUUCUGGACGACUCGUAUAGGAAGUUAUUCAUUUUGGUUAGAGGGCAAAGCAAAUCCCUAUUUUGUGAGUGAGAUAAGAGAUGGAAAGUCAAGACAGAAGAGUUUUUGAGCUGGAGAAAAAGUG